UCUUCCCGUCCCGGGCAGCCAGCGCCAGUCGGAGCCAGCGCGAGCCGCCGCCGCCGCCGCCGCCGCCGCCGCCAUCACUGCCGCUGCCAAGUCCUCCAGCCGCUGCCCCCGCCAUGUCUGCUACCGCUGCCACCGCCCCCCCUGCCGCCCCGGCCGGGGAGGGCGGCCCCCCUGCGCCCCCUCCCAAUCUCACCAGUAACAGGAGACUGCAGCAGACCCAGGCGCAGGUGGAUGAGGUGGUGGACAUCAUGAGGGUGAAUGUGGACAAAGUCCUAGAGCGGGACCAGAAGCUGUCUGAGCUGGACGACCGCGCCGAUGCACUCCAGGCAGGGGCCUCCCAGUUUGAAACUAGUGCAGCCAAGCUCAAGCGCAAAUACUGGUGGAAAAACCUCAAGAUGAUGAUCAUCUUGGGAGUGAUUUGCGCCAUCAUCCUCAUCAUCAUCAUCGUUUACUUCAGCACUUAAAUCCCGAGGAGUCUGCCCUGCCUAGAGAAGGGCCUCUCCCCCACCCCCAGCCGUUCCCCCACCUCUCAGCCAUAUCUCUCAGCCCCUCCCCGGAUCCAUGUGUGUGUGUGUCCGUGUGUGUGCCCCCCUGUAAAUAGCCAGCUGUUAUUUAUACAUAUAUAAUAUUAUAUAUAUUUGGUCUGUUUGUAGUUUUAUUACUAGAAGAUUUUUCCGGUUGUCCUUAACACCACUUCCUGAGGUGUCCCCGUCCUCGCCUCUCUCCAUCCCUGUCCCCCUCUUUCCCUCCUGACCAGUCCCAAGUCCCCUCAUUUGCAUCUGCUAUGCAACAGCCCCUCUCCUUCCCCCAUCCAGCUGAUCCUUCCUUGCCUUCCCCCUCCUCCCCCUCUGCACUCCUCCCACAACAGACAAAAGCACCUGGCCAGGCCUCCCUACAUGCACCUUCUUUGCAUCCAUUGGGAGGCCCUGAGACUGGCCCCACUUGGUCCUGAGAAUCCCAAGAUCUGGGAGCUUCCAGCGUGUUAAUUAGCAGAUCAUUUGCACAUCAGCAUCCCUUUGGGUUUCCUUGCUUUUUGUUCCAUCACUCUUCUUUGAACCAAUUUCUUUCUUACUGGAAAGUUAGUCCCCAGUAGUCCUCGUGUCGCUCUCUCAUUUGCACGACAUUACUUACAGGCGGUGGAGAGCCCGGGCUGUUGGGGAACUGCCCACUCCCAGGCCCUCUAGUCGUUUGCCACCCCUACCCCCAUUUCCCAAACCUCUUGUGCCCUCCUCUCCCUCCCCUCAGCUGGCGUGGAAGUGUCUUGGAGUUCAGUGUGUUAUGAUGGACCAAUAAUUCUGCCACUUGGGGUCUCUCCCUACAUUCCUGUCCCCAGUUUUCAUGUGGGGCACUCAACUGACAUUCCCGUGGGGUCUCCCUCUCUCCCAUCUAUCUGCCUGAUCCACCUCCUCCUCCCACCAGGAGAGCUGGGGGAUGGCCACAACCUGGUCUCCCUCGGGAGGGGUGGCCACCAGUAUGUGUGCGUUGGGGGGUCAUCACUGCCUUGGGGAGGAGUGGGGCAGGGCAGAGACCCCCCACCCCACCCCUGCCUGAGAUCUCUGGCCUCAGCCCUGCUUGGGGUUGGACUGAAAACCCUCCUCCCCAGUUUGGGGGUGUUGCCCCCAUCACUGCCCAGCUCCUCUGACUGCCCCGUCAAUUCAGGGCGGGGUAUUAGUCACUGCCAAUGUGUGUGUGGGACUUGGUGGGCGAUGGGGAUCCUAGCCCCUCUCCAGGGCUGUCGAGCCCAGAGAGAGAGCGAGCUGGCCCCUCAUUGGGUGACGUGGUAGAGGGCCUAAUGUCUUUUUAAAUGGCACAAUUUUAGGGGGCUGAGGGUGCAGUCCCUUAGCCUGCCACUGGAGGGGGCCCCCAACUCUUUCUUCCCCCCCACGCUCCAGAUUUUCUGUGUGGAGGGGGAGCAGGGAGAUCUAAACUGUGGUGUGAAAGGGUAGGAGAGAUGCUGGGGGUGGGGGUGCUGUGUUCUAGAACCCCCCAUAUUAUCCCAGUGUCCCCUACCUCCCCUCUUUCCCCACCCCAUGCCCCCAAUUCUGUGGCGCAUCCAGAUUGUGAAAAUGUACAAUAAAUGUGUAAUGAGUA